GGUGCCAACAUGACUAUUGGAAAGAUCGUUUUCUACGAGGACAGAAAUUUUCAGGGCCACUAUCACGAAUGCAGCAGUGACUGUGCAGAUCUGCACACAUAUUUUACCCAAUGUAACUCUGUCAGGGUAGAGAACGGGUGCUUCAUGGUGUACGAACAUCCAAAUUAUAUGGGCCAGCAGUACUUCCUGCGAAGGGGCAACUACUCCGACUGUCAGCGCACGACUGGUUUCAGUAACUGUAUCAGAUCAUGCCGCAUGAUCCCCAUGUACAAUGGUCAUUACAGUAUGAGACUGUAUGAGCGGGCUGAUAUGGGAGGUCAGAUGAUAGAGCUAACAGAUGACUGCCCUAACAUCAUGGACCGCUUUCACACAUCUGACAUCCAGUCCUGUCACGUGAUGGAUGGCCAUUGGCUCCUAUACGAACAGCCCAACUACAGGGGCCGAAUGUACUACCUUGGACCAGGUGAAUACAGGAAGUACAGUGAUUGGGGAGGAACUGGCCCGAGAAUCGGAUCCCUCCGAAGAAUCACCAUUUAACUAGAUCACACGAAUUGCAUCACAUGCAGUGUGAAUUUUCAAGGUCGUAGUUAUGAGUGCAGCAAUGACUGCACAGACCUUCACAUUUACUUCAGUCGCUGUAACUCCAUCAGAGUGGAGAGCGGCUGUUUCAUGGUCUAUGAGCGUCCCAAUUAUAUGGGCCACCAGUAUUAUAUGAAGAGAGGCGAGUAUCCUGAAUACCAGAGAUGGAUGGGCUUCAGUAGCACUAUUCGAUCCUGUCGCAUGAUUCCAGCGUACAGAGGAUCAUAUAGACUGAGGAUCUAUGAGAAGGCAGACUACGGAGGUCACAUGAUGGAAUUCACAGAUGACUGCCCCUGUGUGUCUGAUCGUUUUCACCAUCGGCAUGUGUACUCCUGUAAUGUGAUGAAUGGCUACUGGAUCUUCUAUGAAUAUCCAAACCACAGAGGAAGGCAGUACUUUCUGAAACCUGGAGAAUACAGGAGAUACCGUGACUGGUGUGCUACCUGUGCCAUUGUGGGCUCCUUCAGACGAGUCGCCGAUUAUUAGCCAUUCAGCUUGAACUGAUUUAUAUGAACUGUUCCUUUUCUGUUUAUAGGCAUGCCUGUUUAUAAACAUUUCAUAUGAUGUACCUGAAUAAAAAGACACCUGUAACCAGCUUCACUACCAGUAUAGUAGGAUACACUGUAAUGGACCAGAAUGUUCGCUACUGAGGGCAAGAAUGAGAGAAUGCA